AUGAACAAACAAUUUUAUGGUGUACCAAUCAAGGAGUAUUUCUCGAAUCUUGCUUCAAAGAGAGUCGAUACCGAAGAAGAUAACCCCGAUUAUAGAUGUUUCAAAGGCAAAAUUCACAUUUAUCCGUUGACGAAGAUAUUAUUCCUGAUUAGUAUUGGAAUAUGGUUACUUUUUAUGGGUGUAACGUUUCCGUGGAGCGUUUUUGUGUUCUGGAUUCCACUCGUUUAUUUCCUGAUAACGCUUUAUGCGUUAAGACAGCGAAACGCACUCUGUAUGUGGCCAUCGAUCAUACAUUGCGUAAGUUGUGUUUUAUCACUCACAAAUACACAACCUUAG